AUGAGUGCUUAUAGUGUAAUAACAUCGGAUUUUAUAAAUGUAUGUAUUACUAAUUCUAGUCAAAGUUCAUAUUGUGUAGAAAGACGAUUUCAAAAGGGAAUAACAAUUAAUGAAUUUAAGGGAAAAUUGGAACUUGUUACUGGUGGUAAUCCACUAACAAUGAAGAUUGAAGUAUAUGACAAAAAUGAUAAAUUAAUUUGUAAAUUAGAUGAUGGUCAACGUUUGUUAGGAUCAUAUCCUAUUGAUGAUGGGAUGCGAAUACAUGUAGUAGAUAAUUUUUCUCGUACAGAGGAAAAUUUAAGUAAUGUAGAAAAAUUUGAAAUAUCUGAAGAGGAAUAUGCUAAAAGAACAGAUACUGUAAAAGCAUUUUUGGAAAAAAAUAAAUUAGGAAAAUAUAAUGAGGAAGAAAUGAAAAGAAAAGUAGAAGAAAAAAAGCAAGAAGAAGAAGCAGAAACAUUAGCUGCUCAGUUAUGUAAAGUUGGUGAUCGUUGUGAAGUUUGUGUACCAAAUCAACCAAAACGAAGAGCUACAAUCAUGUAUAUUGGUAAAACUGAAUUUAAAGAAGGUUGGUGGAUUGGAGUAAAAUAUGAUGAACCACUUGGUAAAAAUGAUGGAACCUUUAAUGGAAAAAGAUAUUUCGAAUGUUUACCAAAAUAUGGUGGAUUUGUAAAACCAGCACAUGUGAGAGUAGGAGACUUUCCAGAAGAAGAAUUUGAUUUAGAUGAAGAAUUAUAAAAUAUUAACAUAUUUCAUCAAUCCGAUUUUUAUUAAAAAUUAGAACUUACAAGGGAUUUAGAACU